AUGCCGGAAAUAAUCCCAGCUCCGUAUCUCUUCAUACCCGACGACAUCACCCAGCCAAUCCGACAAGUCAGCCUCCAACACAACGGCCCCACGUUCGCGAACGACCUGAGCGAACUUAUUAGGCUUAAUAACACGUCUUUUGGAUCUGUUGGCGAGGAGUGCCUCUGGUGUGAAGGCCAAAUCAGGAUGGACAAGGACGAGGAGCCCUUCCCCCCGCUACACGAGUACAUCACCUACAUAGCCGUCAAGGACGACGACGGGAUCAUGACGCGUCCGCAUAACAAACGUGCUGCUGAGCUCCUCCGCCUACCUGUUACCCAUGGCCCAGUCCUCGUAGCCAAAAUGGUUAUGAUGAGGAAACCAGAGACUUACGGCGAAACUGUGCUCCGUUACGAAGAGUUAACUGAAGUGGAACUCCGGAGUAAAGCAUUCUCAAAGAAGAGGAGGGAGUGGGAAGUAGCGCUGGGCAGGAAUGGCGUGAUGCUCUUGGACUGGAUGAGGAGCAUGGGAAGAGAUGUCGAGGUCAUACAUGCGUCCUAA